GUCCGGCUGGAAGGGGCGGCUGUGGGCGGCACCGGAGGGCUGCGGGGCUCGGGGAGAGCUUCGCGAGCCCCGGAGAAAAAGCGGGAACGGGCAUGUUCCUCCUCCGGUCGCCGUGUUGCUGUUGCCCUCCUGUAUGAAAACUUCUGCAAUGAGUAAACGUAAGUCCAAGGAGAGUGUUGGAGCAAACAAAGAAUGCAUCUCACAGGUGCAAAAAAUUUUACGUGAAAGAUUCUGUCACCAUUAUACUACUGGCAAACUGCUUGGGGUUGAACAUCAAUACAGACAUCUGCUGGAACUGCUGAAACGAACCACAGUUCAUGGAGAGAGCAAUUCUGCCCUCAUCAUUGGACCCCGAGGAUCGGGAAAAACUGCGUUAUUAAAUCAUGUCUUAAAAGAGAUCACAGAAAAGAAACAAGUUAAAGAGAACCUCCUGGAAGUUCAUCUGAAUGGGCUUCUGCAGACUAAUGAUAAAGUGGCCCUGAAAGAGAUCACCAGACAGUUGCACCUGGAAAAUGUGGUUGGGGAUAAAGUCUUUGGCAGCUUUGCUGAGAAUCUUGCAUUCCUCCUUGAAGCUUUAAAGAAAGGAAAUCGAACGAGCAGUUGUCCAAUCUUGUUCAUACUGGAUGAAUUUGACCUGUUUGUUCACCACAAGAAUCAGACUCUGCUCUAUAAUCUCUUCGAUAUAUCCCAGUCAGCACAGACUCCAGUAACAGUUAUUGGACUCACAUGUAGACAGGAUAUCCUGGAGCUCUUGGAGAAGAGAGUCAAAUCAAGGUUCUCUCACCGACAGAUCUAUCUGAUGAAUUCCUUUGAUUUUAAACAAUACAUUAGGAUAGUCAAGCAACAGCUUUCUCUUCCUGCUGAAUUUCCUGAUGAGUCUUUUGCACAGAAAUGGAAUAAAAAUGUCCAGUACCUCUUAGAGGAUAAAACUGCCCGAGAUGUGCUGCAGAAUCUUUUUCACUUCACCAAAGACCUGCGCUCACUUCAUUUGCUCUUGAUGCUUGCUGUGAGUAACGUGACUGUGUAUCACCCGCUUCUCACCGCGUCAGAUCUUCAAGAGGCCAGCAAGCAGUACAGGAUGGACUCAAAAGCAAAUAUUGUCCAUGGUUUGUCUGUCCUGGAAAUCUGCCUAAUUAUAGCUAUGAAACACUUAAAUGAUGUUUAUGAAGGAGAACCAUUUAACUUCCAGAUGGUUUACAAUGAAUUCCAGAAGUUCAUACAAAGGAAGGCACACUGCAUGUACAACUUUGAAAAGCCAGUUGUUAUGAAGGCAUUUGAACAUUUACUACAGCUGGAAUUAGUGAAGCCCAUAGAAAGACCCUCUGUCCGUGCCCAGAAAGAGUACCUCUUAAUGAGACUGCUUCUGGACAACAACCAGAUCAUGGAUGCUCUGCAGGUGUACCCAAACUGCCCCACAGAUGUCAAGCAGUGGGCAGCCUCAUCCCUCAGCUGGUUGUGAACUUACUGGGGACUCACAGAAUCAUUUUCUACAUCAAAACUUUUGGAGUUGACUGUAAACCCCAGAAGCUGAUAAUGUUGACCCACAGGAGGGUGCUCAAAUGAAUAAAUUUUUGGAAGAAGCUUA